UGCGCAUCCGUGUGCGUAACCGCGCCGCACCGCUUGGUAGGAGUGUUCAAGUGAGGGUGUGUUGCGAGCAAAAUGUUUAAGUUAAGCGCGGUACUUCAAUGAGCGACAAAUGAGAGAGGGGCUCGGUACACAGUGCACCCAUCGGACUAUGCCCUCCCAAACUCGGGACGGAUAAACGGACAGUGACGACGUGGAGACAGGGUGGGGAUCCUCUCGUGUGCACUCUGGAGAUGACUAACCGCAGCCUGGCCGGCGGCUCCAAGGGGAACUCUGUAAAUUGCGGUGGCAUGGUCAACCGAAACGGCGGGGAUACGGGAGAAGUGUCCGUGCCGCUGACCAUUCCCGGGAAGCAGACAUCCCACGCGGAGGGGGACGAACUCCACAGAAUGCAAGACAGAAAGUUGUUGUUGAAGGACCGAAAGCGCCUGUGCGCGUGGUCUUUGGGGACCGCUCUGCUCGGGAUACUGCUGAUGAUAAUCCACUACGAGAUAUGUCCCUACAUGUAUGGACCGGGCACAAACACUGCCUUAUUCAUCAACUGUUCCAUCAGCCUAUCCACUGGGUGUCUCCUGAUCUUCAUCAUACUUUUCCAUCAUAAGGACAUCAUGCUGUUUGCCAUUGACCACAAACAGGUGGACUGGCGAAUUGCCAUGAGCAACCACAGGGUUCUUGCGAUCACUGUGGAGCUGCUGGUGUGUGUCAUCCAUCCUGUUGGCACCUACUGGGAGUGGGGCCUCCAUGCCAACUCCUCUUCCUCACCUCCAAUCUGUAUUUACAACAACCAAGGAGGGGCGCUGAUGAACAUUGAGUUGUUGUUAUCUAUGCUGAUGUUCCUUCGCUUGUACUUGGUGCACAGAACCAUCCUUCUGCACAGCAAAGUGCUGCUGAGCGCAUCCUACAGGACCAUCGGCUCGCUCAACAAAAUAAACUUCAACUUCCGCUUUUUACUCAAGAUAAUGAUGCACAAAUACCCGGCGCGCAUGCUGCUGGCCUUCAUCCUCUUCUUCUGGCUUACAGCCUCCUGGAUGCUUACUUUGUGUGAGAGGCAGAACCAAACGACGACAGGCCACAUGGACACGGCUAUGUGGCUCAUAGCCAUCACCUUCCUCGGCGUGGGCUACGGUGAUGUGGUGCCCAACACCAGCUAUGGCAAAGUUCUGUGUCUCUUCUCUGGAGUCACGCUAAAAAGAGGAAGACAGGGUAUCGCCUGCACUGUCAUGCUGGUGGCAGUCGUUACCAGGAUGCUGACUUUGAACAGAGGAGAGAAACAUGUGCACUUCUUCAUGCUGAACACCAAGCUCUCCAAAAGGGUCCGGCACGCUGCUGCCAACGUAGUGAGGGAAUGCUGGCUUCUGCACCGCACCACCCCCAAGGGGAACCCCGCUGAGCAUCGAAGGCACCAGAGAUGCCUUCUGGACGCCAUCGCAGUAUUCCAUCAUCUACGCUUUAAAGAAAAAAUGCUGAGCGAUUACAUCAGUGAGAUGGCGGACCUCUCUAAGAUGCAGACGAUUUGCGACAUCAGCAACAACUGGAAUAAGUCCUAUGAAGAGCUGAAGCAGCGUAUCCUCUCUAUGGAGCAGAAGCUGGACGAGCUGAGUCGCUGCAACCAGCAAACCUCAGAGCUACUGUCUCAGGUCUUUUGUCCCCGCAGCCCAGAAAGCAGUUGAAGUGUCUACAUUCACGUGGUACUGAGACGGAUAAUUAUCUGCUUUCAUCUACAGUAUUCAUGAGAGUGAGACAUGGACUGACUGGAAGUGCUCUUGACUCUUAAUAUGCAAAACCAAGGAUUAAAACAAGGACUCUGGAGAGUCUUUGUCAAAAGUGCCGCUGUAUAGAUUGAAGUUUCAUGGAUUGACUCCAUCACUGCCUUAUUCCUUUGAUAUAAGAUUCAUAUUCUGAGAUGUUCAUUUUAUUUGAUAUUGCUUGCAGUUAUUUACAGUGUUAGCCUAAUGCGUUUUAUAAGAAAAGCCAGUCAGGAUCUUUUUCAUUAGCAGACAGUCGAAUGGUUAGUGUUCACAAACAGGCAUAUUGAAAAUAAUGCAAUCUCUUGACAAUUCCUCGUUGUUCUGCUUUACUCUCCCCCUUCCAUUGAACUGAGAAUGAACAUCAAAACAAACUUUAAUCAAGUAUCGUAGAAAAAGAUCUUUAUUUCCCACUGUUAAUCCUUGGGUUUUAGAGAAAAACUGCAAAAAUAGCAUUUCACAGUUGACACCUGUUCUGUGAACAAUACAACCAGCAUGUGAGUUGUAUUUCAGCAACACAAUACCGCCAUCUAGUGGACUGAACGAUAGAAAUCCAUGAUAUGAAGGAACAUUGACAUUGAAAUCAUGGAGGUUAUAUAACUUUAAAAAAAACUAAAAACUUGCGGUUUUCAUCGUUAAUAUAUAACCUCUAUAAUGUCCCACAGGACCAAAACAUUUGAAUUAGCAAUAACAGGGAAUCUGAAAACAAGAGGACUCCCAAUACAAACCUCACUGUUAAGAAUGCACUUUGUAGAGAAAAUAAAUGGCAAAACUGGAUUAACUUUUUCUCUGGAGGAUGAACUGGAUUAUUGAGGUUUUAAUUGAAUCCAAUAAAGGAAAAAGUUCCAUUUUGGUUCAUUUGGACACUUGUCUAAUAUCAAAAGAAUGUAUAAGGAACUUGUUGACGCAUUGUUUAUUCGUGUCUUGUAUCAUUUCCACAAGGUGAAACCAUGUUUAGAACUUUCCAGGACGUGCUUAUAAGUAAAAGGCAUUAAAGAUUAAUGUAUUUUUAUGUGCUUUUGCAUUAAAUCUUGUCAUUAAAAAAUGAAACAGACUGUA